AUGAGGAAGACCGUGUUUAAUCCCGCUAAGUUCUCGGGGGUGGAGAUCGCGCGGCUCCGAGCUGUAUGUGCGUCGCCGCAGUACCCAGCAGGACAACACCAAGUCCGUAAGGGUACAGACGAUGAAUGGAAUAUUGUCUUGGGUUUAGUCGAGGGCACAAUUGCAUACCGCAACAUGCCGGCUUUUCUUCCGCGCAUCCUCCGAAGUGAGAAAUGCCUCAGACUGGUUUCAACGAUUCAGGCUCAGGUUGAAGGCGAAUUGAUUAUGCAACUGGGGCUCUCUCGGGGUGUCCGGGUUACCCGACAGAGUACGAAAGCUAUCACCGAGCGGAUCCUGGAAUCGGCGGAGCUGGCGCGAGUAAACUUACCUGCGCUACACGACAUGCUAGGCCAGACGAAGAAGAUCAGCUACGAUCAAGUAACGAAGUCGAUUAGCUUAUUUUUCUUUACCAAAGAAACUGCCGAGAAGCACAAGGAGGUGCGGGUGCCUUUUUCGGGAGGAGUAUACCGGCUCCAGAAUGCCCACCGAGCGGAGUCCGGCCCGGCCGGAUUGCGGCUUUUUUUAAAGGAGAAGAUUUCGACGGACUUCGCGAUGGAGGACCUGGACACGCAUACCCCCGAUUCCAGGACAUCGACAAUCUGGAGGAUAAACUUCAAACUAGCGGGAUGUCCGACUUUCCUCGACGGCAUUGUUCGGUUGUAG